AUGACCCUCCCACGUCAAAACUCCCCUACCGUUGCCCAAAGCGGAGCCUUGCUGCGUCCUGGCGAUGAUGCAGUGGCACUCAAGCGUGAAGCGGAAAGGCGAACUCUGUUCCAGAAAACAUCCAAUAAUGCGCUCGACAUACCGAAUGGAUACCGUAAGGUUGAAGUGCUCAUCCUCCGGUGGGAUGAAAGCAUCGAUGAGUUCAAAGACGGGCACAACAAGGAGGUUCAGAGGCUGAAAUGGUUAUUCUCCAAAGGCCUUGGCUAUGGGGUCACAAUCGCGAAUAUCAAGAACACUCGCAACCCCCAGGUCGCGUUCAACCUCGAGAUCCUUCAGCAUGUGCACAAACAUGAUGAUGAGGACAAUCUUCUCAUCGUUUAUUACACAGGACACGGUAGCCAAGUUGUUGAUGGCAACGUCCGAAACCUGGAGCUAUCCGCGACAGAAGGAUCGAGUGUCUCCGGUAAUUUCGCACCAGUCGCUUUCUGGGGCCAAGCAGAAGAGCCUCUACGCACCCUUGCCACGGCUGAUGUGCUGUCAAUCCUAGACUGCUGUUGCGCUAGUACUGCAGCCGUCAAGGGUAGAAGCACCGAGCUGAGAGCAUACCAGCUGUUGGCAGCAUCGACAUUAGAAGGCUACACGAAUGAGCCUGGGGAGAAGUCGUUUACUACGGCCUUCUGUGACUCGCUCGAAGAACUGAUCGAGGAGUCUAAAGAAGAGAGUUUUUCCGUCAUCAAGCUCUGGGAGAGGAUCAACACUAAACGAGCAUCCAAUGCUGCACUCACAUGGGAUCGCCUCCAACGAUUCACGCGGAACAUCGACCUGUACCGCCUCAAUCCCAACACCAGAAGAGACGCAUCAUUCCAGAGACGGGAUGCCGAGAAGUCUUCCCUACUGUUAAGACUAUCCCUGAGAACGAGAGACCUGGACGACGUCAGGAUUGACAAGCUUGCCCGACAAUUGCAUAUCGCCUGCAAGACGUCGGGUAUCCCUGUACGUCAACUGGAAUGGGUGAAAAUGGAGCAGCCAAAUCCUGCAAAAGCCUUUCGGAAAGCGGUAAGGAAAGUGCAAGACAACUUGAAACACGAGAGCGCUCCUGGGAAGCCUAAUGAGCAACAAAAGCAACAGGUAGAGGCACAUGCAGACCAGGCGCCCUCGCCAGAACCUGAAGCGCGCGCACAAUCCAUGACAGUAGGGAGGGAGUCAUUUCCACAAACUCGACCCGAAAAACAAAAGCUUCCGGGUCCGAACCACGAACUGUGUGCGACGUCAAGAGGCAGCAUAUUCUGUCUUCUGCGCAUCUGA